AUGGAGGAUGGUGGUGGCGACUCCAUUACCCCUCACGAUGCUCCUGAUGAAGGUUGGUUUCUCUCCAAGAAAUACAUUUGACAUUCUAAGUUUUUAACCAUGGUUAUACAUGGUAAGAGGACAAAUAUUCAACUCGCCCCCUCCCCACUCCCCCCCACCCAACAUCGCUCCUUCAAAAAUCCAAGGUGCUACAUCCUUGCGUCAUUAUCUGGGGAAGACUGUGUUGAUGUUAAUUUCACUGGCAAAUGUUUAGUAUUCGAGGUAGCUAUGUUACGUAAAUCGCUUUUCUAUUUCUAUGGAAAUUGGAAAAACUCGCAUGGCGUUAAUUGUAGUUGCGCUAUCAUUUCUGAUCUAAAUUUAUAAUUUUAUACAAUUUGUUAUUGCACUAUCAUAACUGACAAAAGUUAUCAAUUUACGUGAAUUGAUUAUUCUUUCUCCUUAUCUUUAUUUCGACUUUUCUAGAGGCUAGAGUUCUCGUAUGCUCUCCUUCAGUAGAUAUGAGAAAGCAGAUGUUAAAGAAGUUAUUCUUGAUUUAUGGUGAUAGUGGCUCAAAUAUGGCUUUCUGGGUGUCAUGGUGAAGAUAUGCUGUAUAAUGUGGUCUCUUGAUCAAUGAAUGGAGUCUUCAGUGAUUCGAAAUACCGUGUUUUAAUAAAAUAAGGGUAACAUAGGACGGAACACUGCGUUAUGGCCCUCGGCUGACGGAAAACAUCUCUCCAAAUCAAGCAAACUAAGUUGUGAAGUUUUGGUUUAUUUUUAAUUUAUAUGGAUCGGCCUUUUUCUAUUAUGUUUUGCGAGUCUUUGAUUUCUGCAUCUUUUAUGAGCUUCUGUUACAGGUCCGUGGAACUUGAUUUGAAUCAAAUAUCUUCUUUCUAUGAUUUGGGAAAUGUUCUGUAUAUUACCCUUUUUAAUGCUUCCGUUUUUAUCUCAAGUUAAGCCUUUUGUUCUAGGUAUGCCCAGAUGACUUACCGAUGAUGUUUAUUGCAUGCAUCUACAUUUUGGUCGUUUGGCUUGCUGAUUAUUGACAGUUAAGAUUCUUACAAUUUUUUAUUUAUAUUGGGAAAUCUGGUACAGAUGAUGAAGAUGAGUAUGAAGAACAGGGUGGGGGCAGUCGGUUACUUGGCUUUAUGUUUGGAAAUGUUGACUGCUCAGGUGAUCUUGAUGCUGAUUACUUGGAUGAGGUGAUGUUUUCACAUUCCAAUGCUCCUCUUGGUUCCAGAAAAUUCUGAUAUCGGCUUGGAAUAGCAUGAUGCUUAAUAUUAUCAUGCAAUGGUGAAAACACAGAUCUAGUAACCUAUCAACUUGUGAGCCGUGUAUAAUCUGUUAAAUAUUUAUUCACUGCUUAUUUGCAUGAUUAUUUUGAAAAUAAAUUCAUUUACUUAAACCUUGAAGAGGACUAAUCUUUCUGUGAACUUUUCUACUAAAAUAAUCUUUGGUUUGACAAACCCUCAGACAUGUUGCUUUUGUUGGCUGAUGAGAACGAGGAGGUGACCAGAGACAGUCACCGACGAAGAAAUAGCUAUUGUUGGAACGUUGCAGCCUUCUCUCUUCCACCAUCCCUUUUCCUAAUAUUCUCUCUUGCUUUCCCCAUGUUUUCUGAUUCUUCAGAAAAUCUAGUACGUCUGGAGUGAAACCAGUGGAGACCAAGACUGGACUACCGUUUUUAAUUCUCAGCUCUCAAUAUCAUGUUCCUAUCUACCUCUACUGUCUAAAUUUUGUGCGGUUGUAUUGAAAGGGUACAUAAACCAGUAGUUUUAACUUGAUCAUGUACCUUUUUGGUUGAUCCUACCUUACUCCAUGUGUUUGUACUCCAUGAACCUACGCUUCAAUUCACCUUGUGCCUGCGCUCUCACAUAAUUGCUGUCUAUAGUAAUGUCCCUCUAUCUCUCAGGCUAGUUAGAAAGCUGUUUACAGACAUGCUAAUUGAACUUCAUUGUCUUCAUUAAAUUCUGGCAUCAUUUCACUAUUUUUUUUCGUCAGGCUGAAAAACUAAGAAAAUCUAAUUGCCCACCGCUGGAAUUGGAUGUUAUUGUCCUUUCUUGUCUUGGACUAGGCUUUGUAACUUUUGUAUCAUGUCUUGGUGUCGGAUUCCAGCUAGAGUCAAUCUUUCUAUUGUAAAUAUUGCUGUAGGAUAAAGGAACUUGUGUUUAUUCUAACGUUCAUGAUGAGAUCAUCAUCAAGCUUGAAAUAUAAAUCUUGAAAGUGGCUUUAGGACAGGCUUUUUAUGUAAUCAAGCAUCAAUAAGGUAAUCAUGCUGUGGUAAUUCUUUAAAGCAUGCACAUACAAGCAAUCAACCUCAUCUCCAUCCUCAGCAUCUUCAUGUUCAUUUUCUUUUUCUCUAACCACAUCUGUAAGCAGCCUGCAUCAUUUGGACGUGUCUCACUUUAAAACAGCCCGCACCAUUCACAUUGAGACAUGAAGUGGGUAUCCUAGCUCACAUUGAGACUGUUUGCUUCCCUCUUCUCUUGUCAUUUUUCUCUGCAGAGUAUUUAGAUUUUUUUCUUAUUGUUUCGUAUCAUUUUGCAUCAUUAUACUUGUGACCGGACAAUUUGAACGGCUUAUGAGUCUUAUCAUUUAGUUGUCCCUCCUGAUGUCUUAGAUGUUGGGCAUCUGAGACAUCCCAAUAGGACAAUACCCUUGAUUUCCCUACGUUUGUCAGGGCAUAGCUAUUUUCUGAAUGUUUCUACGAGUUGCAUUCAUCUCAUUCUUGUGCCUGAUUAACCAGCUAUUCAAACUCUCAUUGUCAAACUGUCUUAAUCUGUUGUAUCUGUGGUAACUUGUCGUGCACUUUGUCAUUCUGAGGCACGCUGAAAUAGACAACCAACCCUUCCAUAAAUUCUAUCAUAGUACGGUGGCAAAGAUGGUUUCCUUUUUUAUCGUUAAUAAUAGUAAUGCUAUGUGAUCCAGAAACUUAAAAAAGAUUGUGGCUUCUUGUCUGUUGUAUUAAGUUAUUGAGUUUGAGGUUUGAUGCUAUUGGAAGCAUUGUAUGAUGUGCAUUAAAUAUCUAAACACCUGGGUUCCAUUCAUACUAUUAUUGGAAGUGUAUCUUCAUGCGAAUGGCUGAGAUAAGGACCCAUAUAGGGUUCUGUAUCUAUCAUCAUCUAUUGGUGUGGCAAUGUAAAUGACUUCGUCCGCUUCAGAAACAAAAUCUGCCUCUCUUGAAGUUUAUGUGAUUGGGAGGUUGGUAGUUGACGUGCUACUUUUUCUUGUGUGAAGGUUGCAUUCAUCACUGCAUUCGUGGUAAGGAUAUGCCUCUCAUUAUCUCUGGUGUCAUGUUUCUAAGCGUUGAUCCCUUACUAACCUCUAUUCCUUUUUUUCUUGUGAUGCCAUUAUGUGGGCUUUGAGAUUAGCAAUCUGGAGCCCCUUUUCAACCGUUCAACAUAUGAUCUUAGAUUAAGUUUAGAUGCCGGACGGAAUUUCUUUCAAUGGAAAAGGAAACAGAAAUCAAGAGAAAGCGAGGACAUGAGAAAGGUUUUGAUUCAAUAUAGCCUGGGUCUUUGUGUGUGCAUAGCACAGGGCAUUUGUCCUUUUUAUAGAGAUGCAUAGAUGGAAGACAGCAUCCUCCUCAGCAUUGUAGAAGAUGAACUCCACUGAGGAAAUAUUUCUAUCCUUAUAAUGAUUUGGAAGGAGUGUUAUUAAAAUGAAGAGAGAGAAAAUGGACGGUGUGGAAGAGGAACUUUCCUGUCUCAGAGUACAGGGGAAAGAGCAGGAAACCACCUCAUUUUUCAUUGACAUUUAUCACCCCUUAAAUAGGGAGAAAAUCCUACAUGAUCUUUCCCCAUAUACCCUCAGGCUACAAGUUCUCGUGAUGGCCAUCAUCAUGGGUUCCCAUACAUGAUGCAUCAUGACCUAGAAAUCCUAACAGCUACAAAUUCCUAUGAUGACCGUCAUGACGGUGUGAAUUCCCAUACAUGGGUGCAUCACGAUUUAGAAAUCCAACGAGUGUAAUCCAUUGUCGCUCAUAACUAACAUAUCUUAGGUGGAAUCCUCAAGUCUCCAGAGAUACAAGUGUGGGAAGGUGGCAAAAUCUUGCAUCAUGUAUUAAAAUCAAUGUACCUUGAAGUUACCAUAUAUGGUGUUAUACUCUUGAAAUCUUGCCAUCAACAUAUCAUCACAACGCACACGACUUUUUUUUUUCCAGGAUGCUAAAGAACAUCUUUCUGCGUUGGCUGACAAAUUGGGCCCAUCUCUUACCGGCAUUGAUGUAUGGAUACUAUUCAUAUUGAUAUCUUGAAUCUUUUUUGCAUUAUUUUGUCAUCUAUAUAGUCUUCAUUAACCGAAUUCUUUUGCAGAUGACCAAAUCACCAUCUACUGUUACAGAUGCUUCAGAACAAGGUAGCUUUUUCUACUUGUCCGCAUAAGGUUUUAAGCUUCUUGAAAUUCAUUCUCCCUGGUUUACCGUCUGAUGUUCCCUGGUUUUGUUAUGAGAUCAAUGCGUAAUGUACAUCUGAAUUUUUAAUCUUGAAUUCUAGAAACUGAGGUGAAGCAGACGUUGUUAUGAGCUCAAUUUGAUCAAAUCCAAAUCGUGUAACCUUUAAGCAACUUGUAUUAUCAUUUUUUUCCUUGGCAUCAUCACUGACACCAUGUAGUAUUAGCUGGUAAACAGAAUCAAGAUUUUGUAGCUUGGGAAAUGGUCAAAAAGUCGGACAAAAUAGUAGAGACUUUUGUGAUGUUUGACAAUCUAAUAGAUGGCUAAAGUUUUUCUACGUCAUGUCAGUUACACCAAGUGAUCUUUUAUUUUAUUACCAGGCUGUAUAUGUUUACUUUUUAUUCUAUUUUUAUCUGUCUUUUUAUUGCACAGUACUAGUUGCUGAGUUCACUUUGAUGUGUUUCUCUCAGAAACACGUCUACAAUGACUCUCUUGGGUUAUCUAGGCGGAUCAUAAAAUCUGAUGACUUUUCUUACAUGCAAAACUCUGGGCCUUCUAUAAUGAAAAAUAGUCAAAUUUACAGUGGAUGAUGUUGUUUGACUAAUAGGCUCGUUCAGUGAGUGAGUGAACUACAGUUUUUUCUCAAUGGAGAAUGAUUACUGUUUUUCAGUGUAUUGGGGUGCCAAUAUAUCCUUCAGUAUGUUGCCUUAAACUACUCUUGUUUUUUCAGUGCAUUCUGAGGCUGUACAGGAUCAUCCUUUUUCCUUUUAAAAUUUUAUGAACUUUUGGCACCACCAUUUUUUUUUAAAAGAAUUUCUAAUGCUGAAGAACUUUUAAUAGUGUCCUGCCCAUUGGUGCUUAUCCAACCAUAGAACCUGCUAUGUGCUUUGCCACAAAUAAUUGAUACUUUUCACCUGUUUUUAUUUAUAUCAACUUCUAUUAUUGUCAUUGCAAUGCAUUUGUUUUGUGAGUUGUUCCCAGAUUUAGACCAUUGCGUGUAUCACUCAUCCUUUAUAAUGUUUUUCUAAGUCUUUUGGAUUUGCUCUGGCAGCUUUUGUUAAGUUCAUAAAUAGGACGGCUGUUUACUUAUUUGUUCUUCUCUCUCAGAAUCAUUAUUUCUGCUAUGCGAUUGCCUGAUUAUUUUGCUUUUCUAUUUUUAAUUGUUUCUUUUCCAUUUUUGUGUUAGAUUAUGAUGAAAAGGCAGAAAAUGCUGUGGACUAUGAGGACAUUGAUGAGCAAUAUGAAGGGCCGGAGGUCCAGUCAAUACCAGAGGAAAAUUCUCUGUUAGCAGAAGAUUAUUUUUCUAGAAAUAUUUCAAUAUCCUCUAUAACCCAUAAAGUGCCUUUAUUUGAUGAAGAAAAUUAUGAUGAGGAUGACGAUAAUGAGAAGGAAAAUGAAUUUGUGGAGGUCAAAUCGGAUGCUGAAUUUUUUUUGCCAACAGGUUGUACUGUAGUUUACUGUUAUUGUCCAAUCAAGUUCUUAUUGCCAGUUGUUUGUUAAUUGAUAUCCUUUGGCAUUUAUGUAUUUUCGUUGCUUUAUUAAUUUAAUUUCCUGUCACUUGUUUUGCACCCAAAUUUCAGUCACCACGACUACUAUUAUUCUGCAGUUUGUAAAAAUGCUUUUUGUUUCGGAUGUACUUAAAUGGGGAAGCUGAUGCAGAUUGGCUUUACAUGACUUCUAUAGUAUUUGAAUUUAUAUUUUAUGAGGACUAGAGAAAUCCCAUUCCAUUCAUAUUAGAGUGGAAGAAUUCUUCUCUAAGAUUCAAACUUUUCUUUGUACUUUAUUACCGAAAGUUUUCUGAUCAGUGGCCUGGAAAGAAGUUUGGUGAGAGUCUUGGAAAUGGGAUAGUAGAGAACUUACCUGUCCUUCAUGUUCUUUGGCAAUCUGUUGGCGAACGAGUUAGAAAUAAUGAUCAUCUCAUGAAGGUAUUGUUGCAGAAGAGAGACAAAGAUUACCCGAUCUGGAAAUGAAAACUCAAAAAAGUUUGUAGCUCCACCUACGUGGCUGACUCAUGAAGGUCUCCUCUGCGCCAAUUAUCAAGCUAACCCUUUCAGUACUUUGCUAAUGUGAUGAAUUUUUGGAUCCCAAAACACUUGGGUAAACCAGUCCUGACGAAGGAAGAAUACUACUGAGGAAUCAUUACAUCCAUGUUUCAAUCCUAAAGCUGUAGCUUAUGGUUCUGUCUUUGUAGUGUUUUGCCAGCCUAGCCUGUGCCUGUUUUUGUGCACCAUCUCCUAGGUCCAUUUCUCGACACUGGUUUGCCUUUUUUUCGUCCGAAUUUAUUUUCAGUAUGUUUUUAUCAAAUUUAAAUGUUGUGGGCCUCUUUGUCUAUUUGUCUGUUUGAAUGAGAGAGAGGAUGUGGUUUGAUAGAGAAAAAUUACUAGUUUUGCCCAUCUUGGUUACAAAGUCUAAUACUGAUUCGGUGAUUAACAAUGGUAAAUCCUUAUUGCUCUUGUAUUAUCCAAGGAAUUAUAGCAGGCUCUCGGUGUUUCCCAUGAGUCAGGGUCACAUACGUUUGUGCAGACUAUUUGAUUACCUGUGUAGAGAGGGGCAGAAGAUCUUUUUUUCUGCCUGUAUUCACUGUUUUUCUGAAACACAUUAUCGUCCAUGAUUGGGUGGGGGUGUCCCAUAUGUCAACCGUUUGCGUCCCGAAACUCAAGUUUGUGUUCAGUGUUCUUUCAGCCAUCCAAGACGGGAAGUCUGUGUUCUUUAUUUUGAAAUCCAAUUAUUUUUCAUUUCAAAAGGAUUGGAAAAUGCUUCAAAGAAUCAUGUUCUAGGCCAUUAACUUGUGCAGAUUUUUUCAAAUUGCUUCUCCGACCUAUGUCAAUUUCGAGUGAGAUUAGCAGCAUUUUUGACAGAAUCUCUCUGGAAAUGUGGAGUUGGUUCAUGCAUCACCAGGAUGUCCUCAUCCAUAUCUGGUGGCUUCAUCUAUUCAUUUCAAUGAAAUUUUGAAAAUAACUCAUACCAGAAGGUUCAAGUCACACAGACCAGAUGCAAGAUUGUGAAAUGAAUUUUCAGCCUGGCAGGUGGAUAUUCAGAAAGAGGUCAUUAGUAGAAUAUUAUGCCUUUCUUAUAGAAGGGAUAGUACCAAGCAUUGCUUACUGGCUGUAGGAUCUUUAUUUGUGCCCAUGCUUGGAGGUGAGUUUCUGGGUUCAACAGCCACAGCCGUCCAGGACACAGGGAGACAGGCAUGUGGGUAGCCUAUGUGUUCACUCCAAGGGUUUAUCAUUAACAAUUGGGUUUCUAUUGACCAAAAGACUAGAUAGUGUGUAUUGCAUAAACUUGCUUUAAGUUACCUCAUGUGCAACUGAUUGUUCUGAAUUCAAGUAGCUUUUUAACAUCAAAAUUUUCUUCGCAAACUCAUAAUUAAACAAGUAAUUUGUUUCCUAAAGUUAUCUCAGUCCUUUUGAUUUGAUGUAUUUUAUUAAUUUAGCGGCUUGUUUGGCGCUCUUCUAGAUGAAAAGAAAUUGGAGCCGUUUUCAAACAUGGUGGAGUCACAGUUUGACGGAAUUUCAGUUGCUAGAUCCUCAGAGGAUGAUCAGACAGCCUUUGAUUCAGAGGAUUUUCAGGUGAUUUACCAUCUUUUAUUUUCCUAUCAAUAUUAAAUCUUUACAUGUUUCUGAUUUCUUAAAAAAACGUAUAUAAUAUUCAGUAGCACAAUCAUACAGUGUGCUUAAAUUUAAAUUAAAGUUCCUGCUAAACUGGAAAUUCACUUUUGCUAUACAAAAGUGAUGGUUUUCUGUACAUCUAUAUUCGUUUUUCUAGUCAAAUGUUGUGGCGUACCUUUUUUAUUGAUCUUAAAAAUGGCACACCUUGCUCAUAGUGCUGUUUUCUAAUUUGUGAAAAUUGUCAAAAUUUCUUUAGUCCUUAUUUCAAUGUUCAUAAACUUACCUAGAGUUUUUUUAACAUGGACGACUGAAUAUUUAUAGACAAAAGCUAUAUAGGCUAAUGUUACUAGGUUUCUGAGAAGAAAAAAACGAGAAUGCGUCUGUCAUUCCUCUUCUCAUCUAUCCCUUCAUAUUCCUCGGUUUCUGUUCUAGGUAAACUUUUUACUCUUCAUUCUCUCAGUUUAUUUUUCUUUUAGAUUUUAUUUAUCCCCUUUUUCUUUGUUACUUUGCUGGUGAGGUGCCUUAAUGGAAUCCCUGAAAGUGGUAAUAAGAAGAUGAAAAUUAUUUGUACAUGAAAAAAAUGUGCAUUUCACCAAAAAAGGGAAAUAAAGAGAGAAUGAAGGAAGGGAGACACUUUUUAAAAGGGAAAUGAUGAAGGGAAAUGGAGAAGAGAAGGGAAAAGUAGAGAAGGUGGGUGAAUCAGAUAGAUAGUUGGUCUUCCCUUCUCAUCUUUCUCCUCUAAUGAAAUUGCGUAAAUAUGCAGUUUGAUGGUGUUGUGUUCUGAUGGGAUUGGAGCAGGGGGCAAGCCUUGUUUUUUCCUCCUGUUGUUCAGGCUACCCUAGUUUGAGUCCAAAAUAACGGCAGCAUCCUCGACACCCCAUUGGAAUCGACACCCCAGAAAGCAGGCUGUCACCAUUUUUUUUAAAAAAUAUUUGCAGUAUAUGUUUGAUUUUUCUAAAAUCAUAUCCUGAGCCUUGCACUCAGCAUCCUCGCUCUGAUCUGUUUUCGAGUUCUGCCAGCUUUCGUUUGUCAGGCGAUUUCCAUCUUUCUUUUAUCUGGAUAUGAAAUAUAUACCGAUGCGUGCAGCUAAGAAUUCUAUUGGAUUGGUAUGCUAUGUGUGGUAUUGCAGUCUGAGAUGCAUUUGUUUUUUUUUAUAGUUUUCUUUGUAUUGUUAGAGGGGGGAAGCCCAUGAUUUGAAUCUAGAAAUUCUUUUUGUUCGUCGUAAUUCGUCUGUGCACCUAAUUUGUCCAUGACAUCAUGUUUUCAUUUGUCAUUAAAUUUUUCGACAACCUCUGGCAAAUUUUUGUCUGGGUGAAAGACAAACUGGUACCUGGAUUCGUUUUGUUCCUAUAGCAACUUAUCCAUUUUUAUGGUUUAUGCAAACAUUCGUAGGAAGAUUAUGCUGCCUCAGAAGAGUUCAAUGAUUCUACAAGUGGAGCUGCCCUUCCUGUCUUAUGCGUGGAGGACGGGACUGUAAUAUUACGUUUCUCCGAAAUUUUUGGCAUUCACGAACCUCUGAAAAAGAUGAAGAAGAGGGACAAACGUAGGUAUCACAAUGUUUUGCAUAUGGAACAAUCAUACUGAAGUUGUAUGGUAUUCUGCUGUUCAAAUGUGGGCUUAUUGUGAAUGAGUUUAUCAAGUUUCGUUGGUCGUAGAGUGCAAUGCUUUGUUCCUGGUUCAGUAUUUACUCAUCCAUUACAUAA